AUGAAGCUUCCGUCAAUAUUAAAAGUUGCCAUCGUCCCUAUGAAACAUAUAUUAGAAAUUAAUCAGAACGCAAAAGGCGAGUUAGAAAUUUCUGGAAUGGAAGGAUGGUUUCUUAACAUUCUUUCAUCAAACUUAGGAUUCAAGUACGAUAUUGUUAAAACUAAUGAAUAUGGCACUUCAUUUGAAAAUGGAACUUGGACAGGCAUCAUGGGAAUGUUACAAAAAGACGAAGCUGAUUUUGCGCUUUCCGUUUCUAUAACCGAAGGCCGCGCAUGUGUUGUCCAGUUCAGUGAAACUUAUGGAAAAGAAGAUGUCACUUUUGCUGUCAGCAAACAAGAAACAACAAUUGAUGAUUUUUGGUUCAUACAUCCUUUAGACCCUAUAACAUGGUGCUUAAUUUUUGUUUCCCUUAUUGCCACAUCAGUAAUAUUAUCUUUAAUAAACAAGAGUUCUUCUAUUCAGAUGUUCAGUAUCCUAUUGGGCACCUUGUUGAAGCAACCAUUUACGAACCUGAAGCCUUCGACUUUGUUGAUUUCAUGGCUUUUGGUGGCAACUAUCCUGGCUUUUAGCUAUUCGGCCGUUCUUUUAUCUCACUUGACUCUACCCCCUAAAGAAAAAGAGAUUCGCACUUUCGAAGAACUUGCAGAAGCGGUGCAACUUGGGGAUCACCGAUGUUACGCUGUGCAAGGCAGUGUAAUUGUUAACCUGAUGCGUACCUCAAAACAGAAGCACGUACGACUCCUCAUGGAUAUUAUUGAUAAAAAUAAGUGGUUCGUGAAUCAACAUGAAUUUCUUUCUUGGAAAAAAAUGGCGAAGAACACUGCCGUGAUAUACCACAGAUCCGGACUUGAAAUGCUUACAAGAAUGUGGGGUAGUGGUGGAUACAAAAUUUCAAGCGAUGUAUUUGUAUCUAUGGCCUAUGCAAUUGCUGCGAAGAAGAAAUUUUGCUGCAUUGAUAAAUUUAAUAAAGUUUUGUCCAGAAUUGUGGCUUCUGAUAUAAGGAAAAUAUUAAAAACCAAGUCGUUGUUAGCGGUCAGCGAAGCAUCGGAGACUUCAAACGAAAAUUCAAGCCAACGUCCUAUUAAAUUUGAAAACAUAAAAGGUUUAAUAAUAGGGAGUUUAAUAAGCUAUUUGAUGGCUUUCAUUUUAUUAAUUGCUGAAGUUAUUUACUUUAAAAGAAAUCAGAACUGA